UUGUUGUUGUGGUUGCGUAGCAGUCUAAGUCCUCAGGAUAUUCGUGACCGUGUAUUGGGAGAUGAGCAGUUUCGAGAUGAUUUAUUACUUUGGUUAGACAGUUGUCAUCAGGGACAAUUCUCGCUAUCUAAUGAGGCUGAGAUUAGAGAAAGAAUAAAACAGCGAAAACGUAAUGAUAAAACAGCGGUGCCCAAUGUCGCUUCCGAUAAUAUUAAUGAGGAUGAUAUGGGCGGUGUGGAAGAUGACGAAGCACGUAAAGGUGCAUUCCGUGAUCCUUGUACGUGCCUUGUUGCCAAACCUCCAACUGCAAGGGAUGAGGCCACUGUUCAAGAUUGGAUAUUUAACGUCAUGUAUGAUACAGAUGAGAUAGUCUACAUGUCCAAUCGGCACGACCGACAUCAUCGGCAUGGAUGUAUGCGGGGAUUUCCCCAGUAUUGUAAAGCUCGCUUUCCGAGGGAGAUACGGAAAGAAACUGGUGUGGAUCCGGAAACGGGUGCAUUGAGGUUUAAAAAAAUGGAAGCAUGGAUUAAUACUUAUAACGUAGUUUUAUCGUACGUGCUUCGUUUUAAUACAGAUGUAACUUGUUUGUUGUCUGGUACGCAAGUAAGAGCAAUUAUUGCUUACGUCACAGACUAUGUUACAAAGAGUCCUCUUAAUAUGUAUUCGAUUUUGGAAGCAAUUAAAACUGUG